UUAGUCAAAUUUGUCUCUAUUGCCAAUGUAACCAGCUUUAAUUACACAUGGGAACAAGAGAUGCUAAUGUAUAAGCUAAUUAGAAUAACAAAAAACAUGAAUUCAAGUGGCAGAAAUAAGACAAACCAACAAUUUGUUUAAUGCUAAGUACUCGGUAUGUGAGCAGAUAAUGUUCACAGAACACAUUAUUUAUUGAAAAUCACAUGGCCCAUUUGCAGGAACAAAUUCCUCAAAUUUAUUUUCUUGGUAACUCGCCAUUAAAAUACAAGUUUUAGUUGCUCAAAACAAGUUUUAUUUAGAAGACAAUAAUAUGAAAAAUUGUGAAUACGUGCUCCAAAUGCCCUUAAGUUUCAAUUUUUUCGAAAGGAAAACUAAAAUUCUUCAACAAUUUACUCAUGUUCAAAUUUAUUCGAGCGUUCAUCUAACAAUUUUCUUUUGAAGUGAAAAUUUUGCAGCUUUUCGAGAGCCAUGAGACCCUUGUUUGAAUGGCUCUAAAUAGGGCUUCUCGUAUUGUAUUUUCUGCACCAAUUUUCAAUCUUGGACUCUCUUUUCACUUACAAAAUUCCCUUCAACAUUCUGCAUCAAAGUUUAUUAGAAAAUAAAAAUAUAUAGAAUUCGAUGUUUCCAAAGAAAACGCUAUUUCUUUCAUGUAAUCGUUAGUUAGCCUGUCAAUUACAUGCAUAAUUGUUAUUCCCUUUAUUCACGCCGCAUUCAUUUCCACAAUCACACAUUUUUCUCCCUUAACAAAAUUUUCUUCUAUUUUUCUUGAUUAGAUGACCAAACGAGAAUUGAAAAUGCUUGUUCCAACGAUCAAUUUAUAUCUGUCUUUGUUUUAUUUGCUUUUUUCUCACCCUCUACACUUCUCAUACUUGCUUCUCGCCAUACCUUUUAUAGCUCAUAUUCGUUCGACCAAGUCAUCUCGAUGCAAGGCUUGUUAUCUACUAUUCCGUGUAAUAAAAUUGUCGAAAGAUUAUGGUUUAAUUUAGAUGAUGAAAAUGAAGAGAUUCGCUGUUUGGACGAUCUUCAAAUUGCGUUUGACUCCUCCAUGAUCGAGGUAAAUUACAAGAAAAUUCAUUUCAUGCAGCUAAAUUCAAUUGAAAUGGGAGAAAAGAGAGUAGAAAAACAAGAUGUUGUGACAAGUGGAUCCGAGGCAGCACCUACUGAAAAUGAAAAAGAGUGUGGCAUUGCAGAGUAUAAUGAAUACACUUCAAAAGUAUUCAGUUACAGUGGCUCUGUGAAGAAGGCAAAAGAGUGGAAGAGAACAUUGGCUUGUAAGUUAUUUGAAGAAAGACACCAUGUCGAUGGUGGUGAUGGGAUGGAUUCAUUGUGGGAGACAUAUGAAGUGGAGGUCGAGUCGAUAUGCAAAACAAAGACGAAGAAGAAGAAGAAAAGUAAAAUUGAAUCCUACAAUUGGCAGUAUGGGAAAAUGAACAUGAGUAUGGCAAGACAUAAUCUGGUUAGGAUUUCAAAGGCCAUUAAAGGAAUUGGAUGGUUGCACUAUGUGAGCAAGAAGGUGCAUAAUAAUGGAGAUAGAUACUAGCCAGGCUGCUUCUUGAAUUUGGUACAAAUCUGUACUUCUACUGCUAUGAUCAAACGAUUUGGAAACUAAAACUACAUUAUUUGUAAAUUGCUCUUUGGUUUGUAAUCAAAAUGACAAUUAUAGUUGCUUCUUUAUUUAUUGAUAUAGGAA